UCUUUUCGACAUAUAGAGUGACCCUCCAGUCCAGUCUCGCCCACCGCGCUACCUGCCCGCGCGGCUGAUAGCAGCGACGACCUUCGCGGCGGCGUUGCACCGUGCCUCUCGCUCGCACCCGCGGCCCACAUGUAUACCACACCACCAUUGCAAAUUCACUCCCACAAGCCGGUUUGGUUGCCCACUAGCCAGUUACUGUAGUCACCACACGCGCGCGCUUGCUUCAUAACGGAUGCUGACCGGACCAUUGUAUUGUUUCGAUCGGGAGAAAAACUCUGCUUGGUAGUUUAGCGAAGUUCCAUUACAUUUGGUAUAUACAUGAGUGGGUUGUCAGAGCCUUAUGUGGAUAAAUAUAAGUGACUACAUACUAUUAAUACCAUGUAUUUGGGAUAAAAACUAGUUUAACUUAAUCUUUGAAAAACUUGCGUCUGCUAACAUCAUCAUGGAAUCAUUACCAAAACAAUUCGUUUCGGCAAUGCGAACACUGUUCGACAUCAUGGAUGAUAAACGAACUGGGUACGUAAGACUUACGGAUAUUGAAAACCGUUGGCGAGAUGACCGCACCAAAGGGUUGCCGCGGGGUGUUCUAGAAAGUUUGCAGAAAGUUGCAUCGCACGAUGGGUUCCUUACCUUUGACCGUUUCUGUACCGGGCUCAAAAUAUGCCUGUUGCGAAACCAAGUAGAAACUCAGACCUCCCACAAAAUAGACUCAAUAAACGCUGACAUGGAAAAAACGGUUACAAAUUCAAAAUUAUCAAUGCAAUCACACCGACCUCCAUCCGCGCCCAUACUCGACAUCGACGAUAGCCAUCAUAGACAGAGAAACUGGAAUGAAUUGAAAAUAUCUGAUAAUAUAAAUCAGCACAGAACGAUAAGUAUGCCAUUAUUGAUAGUGAGAAAGGACGCCCAAGGGAAAGAUGUCCACCAGGACAUGAUGUGCCCGCCGCAGAAGCCAGCAGACACGGUCUACGGCUCGGGGCCUCCAAAGCCGCCGAGACUCGACAAAACUGCUAUGGAAAAGAGAGAACUGUCCAGGACAAGUUUUAAAUCUGAGGAAGAGUCGUAUAAAAUUGAGCAUCUGUGUAAAAAUGAGGAGGAUAUAUUGCGAGGCGUGGUGGACGGGCAGAGCCGGGGCCACGGCGACGGGCGGCCCAACCCGGAGUCCUCGCAGGCCGCGCGCCGCCCGCGCCGCCGGGAGCCGCGCCGGCACACGCUGCACAACGGCGUCGACUACAACCUCUUGAAACGAAUGAAACAAAUCGAGCAGGAGAAAGACAUUCUCCUUCAAGGGCUCUCGUCAAUCGAGGAAGCGAGGGAGUGGUACCUCAAGCAGUUGGCCGAGGUGCAGGAGAAGAUGAGAUAUGCCGGGCGAAUGGGCGCAUAUCUGGAGCCGUGGACGGAGGCGCAGCAGGAGCGGCUGGAGCUGCUGCGGGCGCGCGUGCUGGAGGUGAACCGGCAGCUGGGCGCGCUGGCGGCGGGCUGGCGCCGCGGCCCGCUGUCGCUGCACAUGAACCUCGCGCUGCCCACGCCCCGCACCACCCCCGCCCCGCCAGUGCACUCGCAGAAUAGGAUGCUGCUAGAGGAAGUAAAUAAGAAAAAUGAGAGAAUAUCAAUCUUAGAAAGGGAAAAAUCCUCACUCAUCAGAGAAUUAUUGCUGCAGAGAAAUAGGUCCAAAAUUAUGGAUAAUCUUAACUGACCUAACUGUAACAGAAAAUAAGUGCAAUAUUGAAGCAGAGUAUACUUACACUAUUUGUAUCACCAGUGCCAGUUUAAGGUUUAUUAAAUACUAUGGAUGGUAAAGAAAGUUUAUAUUAUGGCAUAAUAACAAGUAGAAAUAUUAAACUUGAACAUAAAAUAUGAAAUAAAUAUUCCACCACAUCUACUACUAAUUUAACUGAAAAUAUUAGUUGAUGACUAUCAACCCUAUGUAAAAAAAAAUAAUUUUACCCCACUAAAACUAGAUUAGUUAAUUGUACUAUAAGGAUGUAUUUACUAUCACUAAUUAUCUAUGCAUAGAUUAUUUUACUCUAGUAUAGUAGUGCCAUAAUUAUGAAUUAUCAAAAUAAAUAUGAUGGGAUAUUGUUGCUAUGGCUAUAGUUUUUAUUUAGUAAAUAAAGUUAUAUUUUGUUCUUA